AUGGAUAUCUCGAGCGAGGAUCGAAGAAACGCAGCGGAUCUUCAGCAUAUCACUCAAGAAACCCUCUUUUGGCCCUCACGGCGACUGAUCAUGAAGAAGAUAGGCCUCAUUGCUGGAGUUUCGAUGCACGGCUGGCCCGAAACUAUUUCCAAAUCGCUCGGUCUUACCAAGACAUUCUUGCUCGUGACGGCGUGUCGGACAUGCUAUACAGACGACGAAGUCGCCAACACUUUGCUUGAGAUGAUGUGGCUCACCGAUAAGACUUUGCAAAUGCGGCCUCUUCACGAAUACAAUCUGCGAUUCGUCAACGCGAUUUCCGGCUAUUGUCAAGGCUUAAAUCCGUUUGACCAAUAUAGCAGCGUUGUUUCUCUGAUACGCAGCAGGGUUUCAUCGCGGAGAGAUAUGAGUAUACUUUUCGAGCAAUGUAGCCCAAAGAGCCUGGCUACGGUGUUGGUGGAGCUCUUCGCAGCGAUGCAGGAUGCCGACAUCACGAGGAUCACACUGGAGGGAACUAGGGGUGGUUGUUUCCUGGUGGCAGCGCUACAGUGGCUUCUGGAAGGAGAGCUCCAAUGCUUCUUCGGUGAUUCGCUGCUGUUUGGUGAAGCCGGAGCAAGGGUGGUGAUCCGACUUGUUGAACGCACCGAUCAUGCUGGUCGUCCAUAUUGGCAUAUUGGACGGUGGAAAGAAGAGAAUGAGCUGAAGCCUCUGAUCGAGGUGCGAGAUAGAUCCUCUAUAAACUAG